AGUCAUCUGCCACAACAAAACAUUCCUCCGUCAGCCAAUUUACGACUGUAGCGUAAAGGCCCCUGCAUAUGCGGGCGCUAUACAUUUACUUUUAAAUUUUAGGCAUGGAGCCCAGUGUUACAAUUUAGAAACUUCCCGAAAUAGAAAAAGUAGAACACGGUCAAGUCAGGGAACGGACAGGAGGGGGAAAAAACACAAAAACAAAACAAAACAAAGAUGGCUGUGUAGCCAGAGAGACAAGUCCCAACAGAACUCUCUCUCCAGCUGUAGAGCUGUGCGUGGUCGUGGUCCAGUGGACAGACAGGCAAAUCGAGAGCCAGCCGGUACCGGAGCAGCGGGCAGGGACGCGGGGGAGAGCAGCCGAACAGGGCCGCUGGCAGGGCACGUCGUUACCUGCUGUCGUUGCGAAUAACGGACAGCUGAGUGAGGCCGAGUUGUUUUUGUUCUGCCUGGGCUCAGGAAAAAGGACUGCUAGCCUCGCUGUAAGUCAUCUAAACUAGUCAAAAUUUGAUUUCCUUAAUAGCUACUAUGAAAUUUGGCUCAUGUUCUCGUUAUUUCUUAAGAAUUGGCUUGUUAAAAUCAACCUUCCUGUGUGCAGAGCUGUGUUCACAGUGAGCUUGCUUCUGACGUGUUAGCCUAGCUCACGUUAGCUCGACAGGUUGUUAGCUAACGUCCUAAUAUUUUUCGGGCUCAGCCUGGUUCGGGCAGGUACAUAACAGGCAUUUUUCCAGGCAGCCAUCGCAAUGUCUUCGCUGGAAGAAAGAGACGUGGGCGUUGCGGUCGCUCCUAGCUCCUCCUCGGCCGGCCUGGGGGUCGGGGCCGUGGGGGCAGCGGUGGAGGCUGUCGCCGGGAUCGCGGCCAUGCAGGAGGAUGUCGGUAUACGGCGAGAGGGGCCCGAGCCUGACCAGGACGAGCCACCCAAAAAGAGGUUGAAAAUACCCGAAGGAGAGUCAGGGAAGCUGGAGGAGAGACUGUACUCAGUGCUGUGCUGCACCGUGUGCCUAGACUUGCCCAAGGCGUCUGUGUAUCAGUGUACCAAUGGACACCUGAUGUGUGCUGGCUGUUUUAUUCACCUCUUGGCCGAUUCUCGUCUCAAGGAGGAACAGGCCACGUGUCCCAACUGCAGGUGUGAGAUAAGCAAGAACCUGUGCUGUAGGAACCUGGCGGUGGAGAAGGCUGUCAGCGAGCUGCCGACAGAAUGUACCUUUUGCCUAAAGCAGUUUCCCCGCUCCAGCCUGGAGAGACACCAGAAGGAGGAGUGCCAAGACAGGGUGACACAGUGCAAGUACAAGAGAAUCGGUUGCCCCUGGCAAGGCCCGUUUCACGAGCUGCCGGCGCACGAGAGCGAGUGCUCUCACCCGACCAAGACUGGUACAGAGUUGAUGGGAAUACUGGGGGAGAUGGACCAGAACCACCGCCGAGACAUGCAGCUCUACAACAGCAUCUUCAGCCUGCUGUGUUACGAGAAGAUCGGCUUUACAGAGGUGCAGUUCAGACCGUAUCGCACUGACGACUUCAUCACUCGCCUGUACUACGAAACUCCACGUUUCACUGUCCUCAACCAGACGUGGGUGCUGAAGGCCCGAGUCAACGACUCUGAGCGCAAUCCCAAUCUGUCCUGCAAGCGUACGCUCUCCUUCCAGCUCAUCCUCAAGAGCAAGGUGAACUCUGCCCUGGAGUGCUCCUUCCUGCUGCUGAAAGGGCCGUACGACGACGUGCGGAUCAAGCCGGUCAUCUACCACCACUCCUUCAGCAACGACACCAACGAGACCGAAUACGUCCCUCUGCCCAUCUCCGACUCGGUGGAGUGCAACAAACUGCUGGCCGCCAAAAACAUCAACCUGCGCCUGUUCAUUUUCCAAGUCCAAAAAUAAAGGCCUCUAGAGGGGGAAGGCGAGGAGGAGGAGUGAUGGAACGGAUGGAGGAGGAGGGCGUUGAUUGAAGGCCAGCGUCAAAGAGAAGACGUGAUGAUUAAAGAGAGACACCACUGAACCAUUGAUACCUCUUAACACACACACACAUGCGCUAAUCACAACACGCAUAAUAAUGCUGUUUUUACAAGAUAGUGAGCUGGCUUUCUCCAGAAAGCUGCGAGUUGCUGUGAAGACGAGACUGGAGGGAUAAAACCUGGGGAAUUGGAGGAUAGAAGCGGCGGUGGUGGGUGUGUGGUACCUGUGGUACGUGACCGACGAUUCGCUUUGGACGCCCACAGAGGAAGGCGUGCACGUGCGUGCGUGCGUGUGUGUGCGCGCCUUGUUGAAUGUUUGCGAACAAAAAGAAAAGAAAAAAGAAACAACCAAGAUGAAGCGACGAUCCACAGCGUGCGUCCAGAUAUCUCUGCUGGCAUGUGGACGCGUCCUAAAGACGGGCGAUGAUGUGAAAAUAGAGUGACUGACUCUGCUCAGCUGUUAUUUGGAGGUGUGAAUGAGGGCAGAAUGGGGCAGAUGUGUGUUUUAUCUCCCCGCCUCCCUCUGCGCACCAGGUUUUUUUUCUCCCUUUCAACACCUUCCCUGUCGUUUUUGCAUCCGCUAAGCGACUCCAGCGCUCCACCGCCACCACCCCUUCCUUCCACCCUUCAAGGGGAGAGACGGCCGCGCAGCAUUUUAGUUCCUUCUUAUUCCUCCUGCGGUUGGUUACACUAACAGCCUCUUCUGUUCUCUUAACCCUGAAUAUUUAAGUAUCUGUGAUUUUUUUUUUUUUCCUUUUUCUUUUUGGUUGAAUGUUGAGUUUGUGAAUGGAUGAAUGAGUGUGUGUGUGUGUCAACAGAUCACAGCUGUGACAUUGCGCAGGACGGAACCAGUCAGGCUGGACCACAACCAAAACAUUCAGGGGCUUCACUGUGUCACUUGCUUUCUGGUAACUAAACAGGCUGUGUGUUUAUAUUUAUUUCGGCUGUUUUACAUGAAGCAUUUUCCUUUUUCUUUUUUUAAAACUUUUUUUUAAAAUGCUUUCUUAGCAGUUACUUUUUUAAAAGCUGUUUUUCCAUUUGGUUUUUAACACCUUUGAGGAAAUCAAAGCUAGUUUAAUCGCUCCUUAGAUAACAAAUUUUUAUCUAAUUAUGUUAAUCUUGCAUUUUUGUGAUGUGUGGUUUUUUUCCUCCUAAAUUUAAUAUGGUUUUUACCACAAAGUAACUGAACCACAGAAGAAGAGUUUGGAUGAAGCAGUGUGUAUGGGUGCGGUGGGAUGGUUCCAGAGGCGUUUGACCUGACUACAGACACAUCUUGGUGUUAGACAGACUUGAACGAAGCGAGAUGAUGUUACUCAUGUAGAUUCUACUGUAAAAGCGGGCAGAUCUCUCUCCUCCCGACCUCUGCUUCCUGUAUUUCUGUGUUUUUGAUGCUUCGUCUCUAUGCCGGUGGACUCACUCAUCUCACUUUGGCUGUACAUGUGCCUUUUAUUAAAGAUGAUGGAACCUGCA